AAGUUUUGCAGGGGUUACGUUUGCAGUCAGUCCGGUGUUUGCAAAUAUUGUGUGGGCUCGCGAGCGAGUCUCCGGGCUCCGGUAGGAUCCGAACCCGCGGCGCCUAAUUGCUGCCCACUGAGUUUGCAUGAACUUCCCCGGCGCUGCAGGCACGGCUGCUGCGCUCCCGACUCCAGACCGCACACCUCCCUGUUUUUACAACAGCAGUGACUGUCUUUUCCAACCCGACAUGGAUGUGCUCCCAAUGUGCAGCAUCUUCCAGGAACUCCAGAUUGUGCACGAGACUGGUUACUUCUCGGCGCUGCCCUCCCUGGAGGAAUAUUGGCAACAGACCUGCCUGGAGUUGGAACGUUACCUCCAGAGCGAACCCUGCUAUGUGUCAGCCUCCGAAAUCAAAUUCGACAGCCAGGAAGAUCUGUGGACCAAAAUCAUCCUGGCUCGGGAGAAAAAGGAGGACUCGGACCUGAAGAUGUCCUCCAGUCCCCCUGAGGAUGCGCUCAACAGCCCCGGCUUUGGCUACAACCUGGAGACCAACAGCCUGAACUCGGACGUGAGCAGUGAAUCCUCCGACAGCUCCGAGGAGCUCUCGCCCACCACCAAGUUUACCUCUGACCCCAUCGGCGAAGUUUUAGUCAAUUCGGGGAACCUGAGCUCCUCCGUCACCUCCACGCCCCCUUCCUCCCCAGAACUGAGCAGGGAGCCGUCCCACCUGUGGGGUUGCAUGCCGGGUGAGCUGCACCCUCCCGGGAAGGCGCGCAGUGGGACUGCGGGGAAGCCCGGCGACAAGGGCAGCGGAGACGCCUCCCCAGACGGCCGCAGGAGGGUGCAUCGGUGCCACUUUAACGGCUGCAGAAAAGUUUACACCAAAAGCUCCCACUUGAAAGCACAUCAGCGCACCCACACAGGAGAAAAGCCUUACAGAUGCUCAUGGGAAGGUUGUGAGUGGCGUUUUGCAAGAAGCGAUGAGUUAACGAGACACUUCAGAAAGCACACUGGUGCCAAGCCUUUUAAAUGUUCUCACUGUGACAGGUGUUUCUCCAGGUCCGACCACCUGGCCCUGCACAUGAAGAGGCACCUCUGAAGGGGCAGAGCAUCGACUCCUGCGGGCUAAAAAGGCUUCCAGGCUGAGACGGCCGUGGAAGGAGGGUGCGUGUUCCAGCCAAAGCCAUUUUGCACCCUACCCGGUCGCCUCCAGGACCUACUGGGAAGGUCUUUCGAGGGCGAAAAAAGUCAUGUCCGAAGCGGCAGAGCACCCAGGGUGUGUGGUGUUUGGGUGGCCCUGGCCUCGCCACUGGUACCUAUCCUCUGAGUGGUCCCUAAGCCUUUGCCGUGAGCAUGUGCACUGAGAAUGUUAGUGGUGGGUGGGCUGUAUGUGGAGGGUCUCCUACGGACUGUGUGACGAGACAGAGUCCUUUCCCUUGCGAGGCUUCAAGAGACAGAAAAAAAACAUAGUUUGAAUGUUUUGUGUGUGAGGCCUGUUCCAUGAGAUGAGAUGACCACCAAUCAUU